AGUGAGCAGUCUCCAGGGUAACGGGGCGGUCGUUACAAAUGUUGGUUCCCUAGCGUCGGGUACAAUCGAUACUGAAAUAAUAGACUGGACAAUAAACUUAGCGAAAGCAGACCAGCGUGUACUAACCUCCAGAAUUCCACCCAAACUCUGCCAGGCUGCGGGAACUGUCAAAAACCAUCAUAUUGGAUGAUGUUGCAGGAUACAUUUUGAUGAGUCAGGCCUCUCCUGCAAGAUGCUUCACAUCAACAUCAUUGCAAACGUAUCGACCUCCAAUGCCACCAACGACACUUGUGCCGAUGAAUCGAAAUCAGUUCACAUACCAAUUAUCUUCAUGACUAUUGGCAUUCUCUCCAACGGCGUCGCCCUGGUGAUCCUGGUGAAAGCCUACAAAAGGUUCAGACAGAAAUGGAGAGCAUCCUUCCUGCUGUUUGCCAGCGGACUUGUCUGCACGGACUGCUUGGGCCAUAUCAUCACUGGUUCCAUAACCAUCAGGGUGUAUGCCAUGAACAAAAACUGGACAAGGAUUGACUCCUCGGGACACCUCUGCCCGUUUCUCGGAACCAGUAUGGUUUUUUUUGGCCUCUCAGCCUUGUUCCUUGGCAGUGUCAUGGCAAUUGAGCGGUGCCUCGGCAUCACUCAGCCACUUUUUCACUCUGCCAAGGUGACUGCUCGCCGUGCCAUGUUUAUCCUGGGUGGCACUUGGCUGUUUGCUCUGGUAAUCGCUUUGCUCCCUAAUUUCCACUUUGGAAAAUAUACGGUUCAGUGCACUCGGACCUGGUGCUUUCUGAGCACAAAGGACGUCAAGUUUGGGAUAGACAGUGGAAUUCUGCUCCUGUUCUCCUCGUUGGGAUUGACUGCCCUCAGCACUUCCUUCCUAUGCAACACCAUUAGUGGCGUGGCUUUGCUAAGAUCUCACAUCAAGAACAAGCUUAACAGACAAGGAAAAUCACACCAUGUAGAAAUGUUGGUCCAGUUAAUGACAAUAAUGCUCGUCUCCUGUGUUUGCUGGGGUCCAUUCCUGGUAUCUGUGGCAACGAUAGGGAGCUUAAAUGCGGGCCCAAAAGCAAUAACUUCACUUCUCCUCAGUGUUCGCCUGGCUGCCUGGAAUCAGAUCUUAGAUCCCUGGGUUUACAUCUUGCUUCGGAAAUCAGUUCUAAAGAGAAUUUGGAAAAUUACUAACAUGUGCAUGGGGAGGCAAAACAUUAGACUUCACAACUGGAACUGUAGCUCACUUCAAAGCACCAUUAAGACAGCUGCUAUGGAAAGGUCACUGUCUGCCACUAAAAGACCAUCACAGAUAUCGAGAAUAAGUUAAAACAAGUGAUAAUUUGUUGUCUAUAACUGUGUGUUAUAUCAGGGCUGUUGAAGCCAUAACUGGGCCUUCGAGGCUUACGAACCUUGUCAAGUCCAGCCUUCCAACUGUUUGGUCUCAAUUGUGCUUAAAUUUCUCAUUGACUGGCCUGAGCCCUCUUUGAACAUAGUGGGUCUGGAGGUUUGAAAAAUAAAUCACAAAUCACAAACCCAAGAUCUGUUACUAAAGACCACCAACAGAAUACCUGCAAAAAAGUUGAAAUGCUAAUUUGCAUUUUAUUUGUGGCUCAUGGAGUUGUGCAAUAUUCACAUUUGGUUCAUGGAGGUAACAAGGUUGGACAUCUCUGCAAAUUAUAAUUGUUGAUGUAUUUGCACAGUUCACUAUUAUAGAAUGGAGGUCUUUAUAUCGAUGCUCUCAGAUAGAUGUAUAUGAGCUGUCUUUAUCAUCUUUGUUUUCCAUAAAUAUAUAUGCACUUUUAAUCUGCUUCCAGGACUCUAGUAGACAAAUCUUCAAACAGAAAUUUCUGAGUGUAAUUGCUGGUGUCAUUUGAAAUGUAGUAGCACUAGGAGCUGGCAGUGUUUCAGCAGGCUGAAUGGCCUUCUGUGCUUUAAAAUUUCCAUAAUUGUUUGACUUCUCAUAUCUAUAUCACCCCCUGAUGCUCUCCUCAACUCAUAGAAGGCCUUUAAUAUGAAAUUUUAUGGGUAGACGCACCAGCUUGCUGUACACAGAAAGAUCCCAGUGAUGGCUGUGUAGUGGAGCAGAUGAUCUGUUUUGUUGGCGCAGGUUUAGGGAGGCUUAUUGACCAUGAUUCUGAGAGAAUUGGCUGCUCUUCUUCAAACAGUGCCAUGGAAUCUUCUGCACCAUUCUUGUCAAUGCAGUCCUCCACAGGUACUGUAUUGUAGCUUCAACCUGCUCAUGUCCCAGCUUGGAGCUUGAAAACAAGUGAACAUUGCGGGGGCAAACUGGUCCUUUUUUUUUUCAUUUGUUCAUGGACUCAGGGCAUCAUUGAGCUUGGUCAGUGGUCAUUGCUCAUUCCAAAUAGCCCACAAGACAGUUGAGAGUCAACCACAUUGCUCAUGGGUUGGGAGUCACAUUGUGGAGCAGAGCAGGUAAGGAUUCCAGUUUCCUUCCCUAAAGGGGAUUAAUAGAAUGGAUGGAUUUUUCCUGACAGUGGAUUCAUGGUCAUCAGUGGACACUUAAUUCCAGAUUUUUGUUGAAUUCACAAUCUGCCAUGGUGGGAUUUGAACUCAGGCCUCCAAAGCAACAGCCCAGAUAAUGGCAACUCAUAUUCCGCCUGGGAACCCUGCAGCCAUAUGGUAUCAAUGUGGACUUCACCAGUUUCAAAAUCUCCCCUUCCCCCACUGCAUCCCUAAA